AUUUGGGAUGUGGAUAUGUGUUUCUUAGUUUUUCAGUAGUUCGUUGAAGUAUUCUCUUCGCUUAAACUGUUUUGAUAAUGGCUGUGAUAUGGUUAAAUAUGACAUAAACGAAGUUCCCAAGAGAGAGGGUGAGACGGUUGGUAAUUAUUACGGUGUUGAAAAAGAGUGACAGUUAUCUGAGACACUAAGAAACCAAAAGGAGAUGUUUAAAAUCUAGACUGCCGAUUUAUUUACAAUAGACAGCUACGAACACUUCUUAUGCUCUGCAUAUUACGUAGACAGGAUUCUAUGGGAAUAGGAAUAUCGGCGGGGAACCUCUUAAGCUUUAAUUAUUACAUAGAUGAUGGUAAAGAUUAAACUAGAAUAGAAACUAAUCAAGACAGUUAGUUCCCAUUUCUCUUGUUUUAAGCUGCUUAUGUGUUGCAUAGUAGAAAACUGGGAGCAAUAUAACUUUUUAAAUAACCUAUUUCGUGAUUGAUUAGUUAGUUGUUGUGCAGCCCAAUUAGCAUCUCAUUAUGUUAAACAGUGGCUUGCAAGCUUUUAAGAAUGUAUAACAAAUUCUUUCAAAACAUGUAAAACAGCAUAGAAAUGUCCACAGACAAUCAUAUUUUAAUCAUUUUUACUUAGUAGCACGGUUUUUUGCACUGUUUAAGAACUUGAAAAAAAAAGAUUCGUAGUUGGAAAUCGUGAUAUAACACUAGGUAACGAUAAUUUUGACUACUGUAAGAGGAGAGCGCCUCGAGUAGUCACUAUAUACAGCGAAAUUGAUGUAUCUCAUUUUUCUAUAUAGGCUACCCAAUAUUGAAAUUGUGGUUACGGCACAGUUAUUUGCGUGAGUCGGUUAAAAGUCUUUCAUUCCAGAAUAAUUUCACGUUAUAAAAUAAUAAAAACAGCAAAAUUGGGAACAUAUGGUCUACUGGCACAGACUAAAUUUCAGCCAGAUCUUUUUUGUAUUUCGUUGUUAAUCUUUGUAAUUUUUUAGGUAAAAAAUAUGGUAAUAUUAAGGGGAUUGCGCAGAUUUCUAAACUAUCCUUUACCUCGAGAACAUAUUUUAUUAAAGAGACAUGCAUCAGCAUUUUCUUUCGUUGCUGAGAAAAUUGCAAUUAAUGGUAUGUAUAGAUUUAUAAAAUUUGAGAGCUAGAAAGAUGGGUGGGAUGGAUGGGAUUGGAUUAACUUUUUUGUAUUCUAGGCGAAACUAAGAGAAUGAAUUUGUAUCAAUCUAUAACCAAUGCAAUGGAUAUUGUCAUGGAAACUGAUGAUACAGCAUUAAUAUUUGGUGAAGAUGUGAGCUUUGGUGGUGUUUUUCGUUGUACUAUGGGCUUGGUUGAUAAAUAUGGAAAAGACAGGGUGUUCAAUACUCCACUGUGUGAACAAGGCAUUGUUGGUUUUGGCAUAGGUCUGGCUAACAUGGGAACAACUGCCAUUUAUAUAUUUCCAGCUUUUGACCAGAUUGUAAAUGAAGCUGCUAAGUGUCGAUAUCGUUCUGGGAACCUCUUUGAUUGUGGUUCACUAACCAUUCGAACACCAUGUGGAGCGUUCGGACGUGGUGCGUUGUAUCAAUCUCAAAUGCCCGAAGCUUACCUUGCUCACACUCCAGGUUUAAAGGUUGUGAUUCCCCGAAGUCCAAGUCAAGCAAAGGGAUUAUUACUAGCAUCUAUUCGCGAUAAAAAUCCUGUUGUUUUUAUGGAACCAAAAAUAUUAUACAGAAGAGCAGUUGAAGAGGUACCUGUAGAUGAUUACGAACUUCCGUUAUCAAAAGCUGAUGUAGUAGAAGAAGGGAGUGAUGUCACACUGCUAGGAUGGGGAACCCAAAUUCAGGUAUUGAGAGAAGCGUGUAAAAUGGCUAAGCAACAACUUGGCAUAUGUUGUGAGAUUAUAGAUCUAAGAACUAUUAUUCCCUGGGACGAGCAAACAAUUGUUGAGUCUGUUGAUAAAACGGGUCGUCUUAUUAUCGCGCAUGAAGCACCAAUCACAGGAGGUUUUGCUGCUGAAAUUGCAAGUACAAUACAAGAGCAAUGCUUUCUUCAUUUGGAAGCACCAAUUCAAAGGGUGUGUGGCCACGACACUCCAUUCGCGUAUAAUUUCGAACCGUUUUAUCUACCUGAUCAAUUUCGUUGUUUUGAAGCCAUUAAAACUGUAACAAAUUACUGAGAAGAAACUUCUCGAAUGGGAAGGAUUUACGGUGGUGGCAUCGCGCGAAAUAUUGCAACAAUCGUCUGGCGUAAAUGUUGAAACAUCUAAUUAUAAUACCACUGGCUGUAUGUGCAACUUUAUUUCUAAGCACCGGGAAAUUUUUACAUAUAUAGUCACAGAAACAACCCCCGUCUAGUUUUUUAAAUGCU